AUGGUGCUGCUGAAGAUAAAGUUCACCCAGCAGCGGCGGGUGCGCCUGGCGCAGGGCCUGUGGCUGCUGUCCUGGAUGGCAGUGAUGUGGGGGGCCAUCAUCUUUUGUCUGGGUGUUUACCUUAAGACGGAGCUGCUCCGUAGGGCCGAGGUGAUGGACAACACAGAGAUCCAUGUGGUGCCCAACAUCCUGAUGAUGGUGGGCCUGGCCUCCAUUGGUACCAACUGGGUUGCCAGCCGCGUGUGUCAGGACUCCUUGGACGCAACCCGCUUCCCCCGUUGGAAAGUUUUCCUGCUGGCUUGGUUUGCUGUAGCUGCAGUGCUGUGUGUCCUGCUCCUUACUGUUGUGGUGCUCAGCUUUGCCCUGCAGGGACGCCUGGAGGAGUCCCUAAAGGUUGGCCUCAGGAACGGUAUUCGGUUUUACAAGGACACAGAUGUGCCGGGGCGUUGUUUCCAGAAAGAGACCAUCGAUCGUCUGCAGAUGGAGUUUCGCUGUUGUGGAAACAACAACUUCAAGGACUGGUUUGAAGUUCAGUGGGUCAGCAACAGAUACCUGGACUUCACCUCCAAGGACGUCAAGGAUCGUAUCAGGAGUAAUGUGGACGGCCGUUUCCUGUUGGAUGGCGUUCCUUUCAGCUGCUGUAACCCUGCUUCCCCUCGCCCCUGCCUGCAGUACCACCUGACAGAUAACAACGCUCACUACAACUACGAGUACCAAGCAGAAGAACUCAACCUGUACAACCGUGGCUGCAGGCAGGCUCUGACCGACUACUACAUGGAGCUGAUGAACUCAACUGGUCCUGGCGUGCUGUCAGUCAUCCUAAUACAGCUGUCAGUUAUUCUGAGCCUGCGCUACCUGCAGACGGCUGUGGAAUCAGCCAUGGCUUUGGAGAACCCAGAGGACGAAAGUGAGGGUUAUCUCCUGGAGAAGGGUGUGAAGGACACCUUUGAGGACCUCAAAGUCCAAGCCCUUGCCAUGCUAAAGUUUGGACAGGUGGACCCCAGUGCUGCCGAAGGCUCCUCUGAGGCUGCAGACGCAGAGAAAGCUGCAACCCCUGCUCCUGCUAGUUAG